UUACAAGGUAUAUUUCUAAUUUUUGCUAUGCAUCGUUUGCGUUGCCUUUUACUAUUUUGCUUACAGUGUUUUCGUAUUGGAGAGAAUAAAAGCAUAUCAAAUGUAAAACCUGUGGGUUUUGGAAAUGAUCCUUUGCUGGAUGAAUAUGAUUUGAAAUACAACAAUCCCAAUAUUGGGUACGAGCCGUACUGGCCCCAUGGCGAAUGGCUGAUACAGGAUCCGAACGAGGGAGCCAACGUUUCCACAACCAAGAUACCAACUGUUUGCGGGGACGAGUGCAACUCUUUAUAUAUGGAUGUAGGCGAAGUGUGUGCUCACAGAGCUGACAAUUUGUACUAUGACGGUUGUUGGUAUUUCAUUGAGACAAUCUGGUACCAUUGCAAUGCAGACAUUAUCGAUACUAGAGUGAAGGGAUACGUCACCUUCGACAAUUAUUGUGCGUUCUUGGACGCUAAGUGCAAAGCGCCUGAAAGUGAAAAGUACGGUUUAGCACAUUUUGGUAAAUGUUUAGAGGAUCAAAAUACCAUGUACAAAGGUGUGAAUGUAGCCUCCGAUAUAGUAAGCAGGAUGACGGCUUACCUCGCCUCCGUCGAUGUGGGCAAGAAGUAAGC